UGGUUAAGGCGAUGGACUAGAAAUCCAUUGGGGUCUCCCCGCGCAGGUUCGAAUCCUGCCGACUACGGGAAUGUCAGCUUUUUGCCGUCAACACUUACUUUUUGUGUUUUAGAGCGUUCUGCUCAAACCUUCCACAGAUUUCAGGAAUUUACAAACGGCUGAAACACAACAGGGACCCAAACGGGAGAGGAGAGAAUGAAGGGGCGAGAAUGCGUGCUUGUGGUUACAACGUGGGCCCGGGAGGGGGAGACGGGAGGAACCACGCCAGACAUGCUGAAAAGAAGAAACGCAAAGCAUCGCGAGUCACACAGACACACUGCAGAGACAGCUCCGAACUCUGUCCCUGCAUACGCCCGCCCCUCACGAACCCACCGCGUUCUCUGCCGCGAGCCCUCGUGGGCGCCGGGUUGCCACGGGAAGCGGUGCGCAUGCUCGGGGACGCCUAACGGGGCGGGAGCCCGCCAGGUCCCCGCGUUACCCCUGGAAACCACCGGAGCCUUGGCGAUUGGAGGGGAAAAGGCCAGGCGAUUCAAGAUGGCGGAGGACCUGGACGAGCUCUUGGAUGAAGUCGAGUCCAAGUUUUGCACACCUGACCUUCUAAGACGGGGCAUGGUCGAGCAGCCCAAAGGCUGCGGCGGCGGCACCCACAGUAGCGACCGGAACCAAGCCAAGGCGAAAGAGACUCUCAGAUCAACAGAAACAUUUAAAAAAGAAGAUGAUCUUGACAGUCUUAUUAAUGAAAUAUUUGAAGAGCCCAACUUGGACAAAAAACCCUCUAAAUUAAAAUCUAAAUCUUCAGGUAACACAUCUGUCAGAGCUUCCAUUGAAGGCCUUGGUAAAAGUUGCAGUCCGGUGUACCUUGGUGGAAGCUCUAUUCCAUGUGGGAUUGGAACAAAUAUUUCAUGGAGAGCAUGUGACCAUCUGCGUUGUAUAGCCUGUGAUUUCUUGGUAGUCAGCUAUGAUGACUAUAUGUGGGACAAAUCGUGUGAUUAUCUGUUUUUCAGGAACAACAUGCCAGAAUUUCACAAAUUAAAAGCAAAGUUGAUAAAGAAGAAAGGAACACGGGCAUAUGCCUGCCAGUGUAGCUGGAGAACUAUUGAAGAAGUGACUGACCUUCAGACAGAUCAUCAGCUUCGCUGGGUUUGUGGUAAACAUUAAGAAUGCAGACUGCACAUUCGGACAGAUGCAUCCAUGAGAGUGGUCUCCAUGAAUCAUCAUCAUGUUUAGACAAUAGUCCCUAGCAAUACCAUUCCCUGUGGGAAAAGGCAGUGAAUUUUAUUGAUAAAACUACAUACAUUUUUGAAGACCAAAUGGACUAAGGAAGAUCAUGUAUUAUAACACUUUGGAAUUAUUCCUGAUAUAUGGAUGUUUCACUUAGUAACAGGCAUCUACAUUCUUUACUAAUCUGUCUUCUGUUUAAUAGAGGUUUGAUUAUGGAGUUCCAUACAAAUAUCUAGUUUUUCAUUAGCAACUGCAAUAUUGAUUGCUAAUACGUUUAGCAAAUCAUUCCCCCAACUUGUAGCAGUUAAAGUGGAUAAAGCCGGCCAGGGCAAAGAGGUCAUUUAGGGGUGUCUACAACACUUCUUCCAGUCAGAUCUUUUGUUGCCAAAGAUCAUAAUUUGGACAUGGCAGAAACCAGGUGAUCAGUGGCUGACUGAAGGGUGUUCAGAAGUAGUUACAGGUAUUUUGCAAAAACACUGCCUCAUAGCUGAUCUUACCUCAUCAACUCAAAGCAAUGUUAUGCACAAUAUUAAAUACAUGUUACCAGUUUUAGCUUAUUUUUCCCUCUUUUGUUCAUUUAACUAUCAAAAGUUAUUUUCUAUUUUGAUUACCCAAUAAUAUAUAAAAAGAGUUUGAUGCACCCAAAAUCACAAAAAUCCUAAUACAUACAGGUUAUUGUUGGAUUUUCCAAGUACUUUCUAUCCUUUAAUGCCUAAAACUCCAUCAAGUGAAGUAAACAGCAAGUAAUAUAAUUUUUCAGGCAGCCUGUGGACUUCUCUGGUAGGAUCAGGUUGACAUAUCGUUUAUUAGGUGAGUAAGUGAAAAGACAAGUAAAGCAUAACUGAACCAACAGGUAACCUGUUGGGCUCCUUCCUGACAUCACUGAGAUCUGAGGAGCCCUACAAUAGCAGCACAUUCAGGAAAUCAGGUCCCUCAAAAUUUCUAGCUCCUAACCCCAUUGAGAGAUUUUGGGAGCUUUCCAAUCUGCCACAAACUCCCUGCUACAUAUGUACUAUAUAGUUCAAAUGUGUGAUACAGAGCACCCUGAAAGGGAAUAAUUGAAACAAAGUUAUAAUCUUCUUAGUCUUAUGCUAAAUUUAUUCCAGCCACCCUACUGAAGGGAGGAAGAUCUGAUCAUUAGAAUCCUUUUCCUAGCCAUGACACAUUUACAUACUUGUAAAAUUUAUUGUAGUAAGUCUAGCAUUGCAACAGAAUAGAUCUUAUAAUGGCCAAUCCUCACACUUUUGUAUUAAGGAUAUUAUGACAGACUAAGCAUGGUAGCUCACGCCUGUAAUCCCAGCACUUUGGGAGGCUGAGGCAGGCAGAUCAGCUGAGGUCAGGAGUUCAAGACCAGCCUGGCCAACAUGAUAAAACACCAUCUCUACUAAAAAUACAAAAAUUAGCUGGGCGCGGUGGUGCAUGCCUGUAAUCCCAACUACUCGGGAGGCCGAGGCAGGAAAAUUUAUUGAACCUGGGAGGCAGAGGUUGUAGUGAGCCAAGGUCGCGCCACUGCGCUCCAGCCUGGACAACACAGUGAGACUCUGUCUCAAAAAAAAAAAAAAAGACAUUAUGACAGAUUUUAUCUUUUAAUAAAAAUGUAUUAUAUCCCUAAAGUUAUAUCUAUAUGUAAUUGAGUCAGAAACCUAGGGGGAUGUCGAUUGAAGUCGACUGCUGGAAAAAAAUAGCAGAGCAACAAGAUCCACACAUUUAGAACCUCAUAGAAUUUGACACAUUAUUCAUAAUGGUGCAAUUCUUUUUUAUUCCAGUAAGCAAAUUUACUAAAUCACUAAUUUGAAAAAAAAAAUUUUUUUUUUGAGAUAGAGUGUCACUCUGUUGCCGGGCUGGAGUGCAGUGGCACGAUCUCUGCUCAUUGCAACCUCCGCCUCGCAGCUUCAAGUGAUUGUCCUGCCUCAGCCUCCCCAGUAGCUGGGAUUACAGGCACACACCACCACGCCCAGCUAAUUUUUGUAUUUUUAAUAGAGACAGGGUUUCACCAUGUUGGCCAGAAUGAUGUCGAUCUCCUGAACUCGUGAUCCGCCCGCCUCAGCCUCCCAAAGUAGCCUACAUUGCCUCUACUUUGAAGGGACAAAGUUGUCCUGGUUUUUUUUUCCCUUUUAUUAUUUCAUUAUAACUAUCCUAAAACUUACAUACAUUGCCUAUGUUUGGCAUUCCAUAACAUAAUAAUUAUAAUAAUCCCCCAAUGUCAGAAAUGUAUGUGUGAGUUCCCAUGUUUAUUGGCAAUUUAUAAGCUUUUUAAUAUUGUACUAUUUUAAACUAAAAUGUAGAAAGAAUAUUAUGUUUAUAUACAGUCAGAUAAAUUAUUAACUGUUGUAAUUUAAGCUGAAAAUGAAACUAUUUUAGUAUCAGUAUAGAAGAAAAGUAUAGUUUCUACUCAUCUAUAAUUUUAAAAUGCAAAGCCUAUAAAACUUUCAAGAUGUUUUGCCUAUUUGUUUUUAAGAUUUAUAAUAAUUUUCUAUCUUUAGCAAGUAGCUAUUUUUAAGCCAGGUAACUUCUUUAUUUGAACUGUAUUAUACUCUCAGACCCUCAUCCUGCCUAGAAAUGAAUAAGUAAUAAAUAAUUACUCUGUAUUAUUUACUUCUUUUAUUUUAUAGUAAAAUAUUCAUUUGGAUGGACAUUAAUUUGAAAUCAUUUUGAUGUUUUUUUUCUUUUGAGACAGAGUCUCUCUCUGUUGCCCAGACUAGAGUGCAGUGGUGCAAUCAUAGCUCACUGCUUCCUUGAACUCCUGAGCUAAAGCGAUCCUCCCACCUCAGCCUCCCAAAGUGCUGGGAUUACAGGUGUGAAGCACCAUGCCCAGUCAAAAAAAAUUUUUUUAAUGUCAACAGAAAAGUUUCCAAGCAUCCAGUUAAACAGAUAAUUUGUCUACACUGGGGAGGAGAAGUAUGCCAUAACUCUGAUGUGUGUGUGUGUGUGUGUGUGUGUGUGUGUGUGUGUAUGUAUACAUGCAUGUGUAAAGAGAGUAUGUGUGUGCAUGCAUGUGUAAAGUACCAUGGGUAUUCAAAGGAACAGGUCCAGGUUUAGGAAGAACAGGCCAUGCUGACUUUGCGGUGUAUACCUAGAACCUGUUCGUUGAUGUCAGUAAACUUAGUAACUUUUUUUCUUAGGCCAGAGAAUAUGUCAUCAGACUAUGAAUCUGAAUUGCUUUCUCUCUUUUUCUUACUGAUAUUUAAGAAUAUGAAAGAAAAAGGUCUUUGUAUCCAAAAGCAUUGUGAUGAAGCUUAGCCAUGAAUUUCAAAUGCUGAUAUUUCUAAUGUUUUAACAAAAUCUCCAUCAGCCAACCUAAUGCUCCCAGUAAUCAGCAAUAUCUCUUGUAUAAAAUAGUUCCUGAAAGAAAAAAUUUAAAAUACGCAAUCUCUUUAGAGAUUUCAUAUCUUAUUGUAUUUUAUUGGGUUUGUGACAUCAUUUUGUGCCCUAUUUUAAGAAUGCACUAGAAAAACCAAAAAAGAAAAAAGAUUGCAUUAGAUAUGUAUAUAUACAAGUACAUGAUAAUUAAAUUUGACUUUCCCCAAAUGCCUUGAGAUAAGGGAUGACCAAAUGAAGUUUAACAAAGUCAGAGUUCAGAGUCGUGUCCCUUAGAAAGUCACAUGACAUUUUGGGCUUCGUUCGCCUUAACUAUAUGAAUUAUAAUACCACUUUUGUAAGUUUGUUGUAAGGAUUAAAUCAUAUAACACAUGAAAAGUGACUAGCAUAGUGUUUGGUUCAGAAUAGGUGCUUAAUAAAUGUUCUCAUUCUUUUGUUAUUAUUAUACUUUAAGUACUGGGAUACAUGUGCAGAAUGUGCAGGUUACGUGCAGGUUUGUUAAAUAAUUAUACACAUGCCAGGGUGGUUUGCUGCACCCAUCAACCUGUCAUCUGUGUUAGGUAUUUCUCCUAAUGCUAUCCCUCCCCUAGCCCCCUAGCCCCCAACCAGCCUCUGGUGUGUAAUGUUCCCCUCCCUGUGUCCAUGUGUUCUCAUUGUUCAACUCCCACUUAUGAGUGAGAACAUGCAGUGUUUGGUUUUCUGUUCCUGUGUUAGUUUGCUGAGAUGGUUUCCAGCUUCAUCCAUGUCCCUGCAAAGGACAUGAACUCAUCCUUUUUUAUGGCUGCAUAGUAUUCCAUGGUGUAUAUGUGCCACAUUUUCUUUAUCCAGUCUAUCAUUAAUGGGCAUUUGGGUUGGUUCCCAGUCUUUGUUAUUGUGAAUAGUACUGCAGUAAACAUACGUGUGCAUGUGUCUUUAUAGUAGAAUGAUUUAUAAUCCUUUGGGUAUAUACCCAGUAAUGGGAUUGAACUUCUGGUUCUAGAUCCUUGAGGAAUCACCACACUGUCUUCCACAAUGGUUUGUUCUCAUUCUUUUUCCUUUUAAAAUAAAUACUGUCUAAAUUGAA